AUGGCGACCAACAUCACCUUCCACCCCGGCACUGUGACCUACGAGGAGCGCUCUCAGCUCCUGAACCAGCAAGGCGUGACGAUCUGGCUUACGGGUCUCUCUGCGUCGGGUAAGUCGACGAUCGCGACGGCUCUUGAGCAGCACCUGCUGCACCUCAAGAAGUCGGCCUACCGUCUGGAUGGUGACAACAUCCGCUUUGGCCUGAACAAGGACCUUGGCUUUUCGCCCAAGGACCGUGAGGAGAACAUCCGCCGCAUCUCGGAGGUGUCUCUUCUGUUCGCUUCGUCGACGUCGAUCACGAUCACCUCGUUCAUCUCGCCGUACAAGGCCGACCGUGACUUUGCGCGCGAGCUGCACGCGAAGCACAACCCUCCCCUGCCCUUCGUGGAAGUUUUUGUGGACGCCAGUAUUGAGGAGUGCGAGAAGCGCGACCCCAAGGGUCUGUACAAAAAGGCCAAGGCGGGCGAGAUCAAGGAGUUUACUGGCAUUUCGGCCCCCUACGAGGCGCCUGCCCAGCCCGAGAUCCACAUCGACGCCGACAAGACCUCGGUCGAGGACAGCGUUGCGCAGAUCGUGCGCUACCUGCAGGAGAAGCAGUACCUCAAGCUCUAA